CGCUUCCCCAGAUUCAUCAAAUUUCCACAGAGAUUCCCUGCCUCCCACAUCUCCUUUCUCCUAUCACCAAGAUUUCUUCCUAGAUCGCAUCGCCCUAUAAUACUCACCUUGACUGUAAUUUAUUUCAUAGUGUGCCUGCACCUACGACGCACCCUGCCCUCUGCCCUGACUGGUAGGAAUGGGACUGAAGCCGCGCCGAACCCUCCUAUUGCCGACCUGAACAUCUUGCUCGCUUCCUGGAUGCCCUUGUAAACGCAGGAUAGAUAGCCUUGUCAUGGCCGAUCUCCUUCUCGGUACAUCUCCGAUACGUCCGAUACACAGCAACAGCAACACUUCGCAAUCUCCAAAGCGACCAAAGAGCUCGUCAUCUUCCCAGCCUUUGCCGUAUGUUGACCGGACGCUCCUCAGAACCGUCUCCAAGACGGUCAAGGGGGCAGCCAACCUCUUGCGCUCUUGGAAAGAUGGCAUGAGCAAUGAAGAGAGAGAGCAGGCCAGGCUGGUCGAGGAAAGGAAAAACAUACUCUACCUGCGCAUGAAGAGUGCCGAAACAUUGAAACAAUGGCGAGCUGCGGCGCAGGAACUCGACGCCCUCGAAGGCAACGACGAUUGGAAACAAGAUGCAGACGGUGGGGACUAUAAUCCUAGGCUCAUUGAGGAGCGACUUCGAGCGCUUGACGAGGCCCGAGAGAGCCACGAUAUUCGCACCAUGAUGCACCUCAUCCGAACCGCCCUGUCACGCGAUCUCGGCGGCAUGGGUAAUGUCGAUCUAUACCGGCAUUCAUACCUUGGAACAAAGACAUUGAUAGAACGCUACGUCGAGUCGACAAUCGAAACCAUAGAUGCCGCCAUCGUCCACGAUGCGACGGAUCAGGGCAUCGCACACAAGGAUCUGCUGGAGGGCAUGUUGCUUGCGCGCCAGAGCUUUGGGCGAAGUGCUUUGCUACUAUCUGGCGGUGGGACGUUUGGCAUGGCGCACGUCGGCGUUCUCAAAUCUUUAUUUGAAAACCAACUUCUUCCUAGGAUUAUAUCUGGCGCCAGCGCGGGAAGCAUCGUCUGUGCGGUCAUGUGUACGAGAACGGACGAGGAGCUUCCACUGCUAAUUAAAGAGUUCCCAUACGGAGAUUUGGCGGUUUUCGAAGCUCAAGAUAACCAAGAUGGCCUCCUGGAUCACUUUCGCCGCCUAUUGACAGAAGGCUGUUGGUCAGACAUUGCCCACCUUAGGAGAGUCAUGAGGGGCAUGAUGGGCGACAUUACCUUUCAAGAGGCGUACAAUCGCACGCGCCGCAUCCUCAACAUCUGCGUCUCCAGCGCAUCUGUAUACGAGCUACCGCGGUUGCUCAAUUACGUCACUUCGCCCAAUGUCAUGAUCUGGUCCGCUGUAGCAGCGUCUUGCUCUGUUCCUCUCAUCUUCAACGCAUCGCCACUCCUCGUUAAAGAUCCUAUUACAGGGGAGCACCGUCAGUGGAAUCCAACGCCACAAAGGUUCAUUGAUGGCUCUGUGGACAAUGACCUUCCCAUGACACGCCUCGCGGAAAUGUUUAAUGUCAAUCACUUCAUCGUAUCCCAGGUAAACCCUCACGUCACUCCGUUUCUCUCCAAAGAUGAUCACCUAUCGCCUGAAAACAAACACACCAUCAAGAGCGCCAGCACUGGCGAUGAUAUGGACUGGCUAUACACGUGCACGUCGCUAGCCAGAGAUGAGGCCCUCCAUCGACUUCAAUUCAUGGCUGAAAUGGGCUUUUUCCCGAAUAUGAUGACAAAGUUUCGGAGUGUUCUCAGUCAAAAGUACUCAGGGAACAUCAACAUUCUUCCUGACAUGUCUCUUGACAACCUUCCCGUGCUCCUUAGUAAUCCCACUGUUGACUUCAUGUUAAAGUGUUGCCUUGUUGGAGAAAGAGCUACUUGGCCAAAGCUUUCCAGGAUACGUGACAGCUGCGCCAUAGAGCUGGCGCUGGAUCGCGCAGUGCACCGACUUCGGACAAGAGUGGUAUUUUCAGAGAGCCAGAGCAAUCUGAGAAGUCUUGUUUCAUACGUGGGUAGCCUGCGACUGAAUAAGCAUGACCAGCCAUUCGACCAGCCAAACAUUGCUGCAUCGGUUGCUAACCACGGCCAGAAACGUCAGCGUCGACGUUCUGGCGGCAGCCUUCGUAUGUUCCCAGGAGCUGGGCUGGUUCUGGAAAGUGACAUAACAGAUUCGGAUACAGCUGAAGAGGAGCGUCUUGAAAUUGUCUCAAGAGGCCGAGGAUUUCUAUCUCCUAACCCUCUCCGCAAGCCGCAGUUAAAAAGAUCAAGCAUGAGUCAAACGCAUGUGCCUCAACUGGCUGCCGUUCAAUCUCGCUCCCAACCAAAUCCAACAUUCAGUUUUUCCAAGCCAUUAACCCCCCCGCAGAGCGUGAAUGGGGAACCGGAUACUACUGAAUCUGCAAAUACCAUCUUUCUCAAACCAAGGAGGUCGAUACCAUUUGAUGACGGUAGGGAUGACCCAGCAGUACCGUUAGUAGGUACUCUGAUAUCUCCAGUUGAUGAGAUGGAGACUAGCGAACCGAACCACACAAGCGACACAGAGGUGGAGCAGGGGACAGAAGAAAGUGACCCAGAUGAUAAUCAGUCCGUAUUUAUCGAGGGAGUUGCUAAACAGGCUGAUCACGGCGCAUUUGGCCCUGUAGGGCAAGUUGUUGGUGCUCUCUGAUGUGACAAUCAUAAAAUACCCCACCGAAUGACGGAAUGGGAAAGGCAUUCAUGGCAUAGGUCUAUGGCAUACCAGGGCUGCACGGAAUAUAAGCAUAGAAUGGCGUUAUCACAUACUUCGUUAACCGCCGGAAGCCUUUAUUUCAUUAUUUUCUGUUUAUAGAAGCGACUUUGUCAAUAGUAUUUUCUUUUUGUUGAUAACUAGAAGCUGGGCUACUUAAAGCUUCAGGCGGCUAGGAGUUGCGGUGCUACUUUUUGAUGUGAGCAUCAGGCAUAACAGAAGGGAUGAUCGUAUUAUCUAGACGAGAUAUAAAAUUAUGUGUAAAAACAUGCUAGCGCAUUUCUUUGUUGCAGCGAAACCUUGUCGAGAUUGCUGCUUGGAGCGACUUGCAAGCAAGCUACAGCAAGGAUCAGUCUGCUCGCGCAAUGCCCGUCUUAUGGCUAAAUAGCUAGCAACCCAGCAUCGACGGCCGCGUGGCCUAAUGGCUAAGGCGCUAGAUU